AUGCUCUGGGGAUCACCAUCCAAGCCAGAGGACUCGUCGGAGAAGCCCAUUCCCCGCGAGAAACUGCCUCCGCAACUGCAGCAACUCGUGGAUCACGAUGACGGGUUCUAUGAUGAUAUCUACUCCUCCUACUCCGUCGAUUCCACCGACACUCCCUACCGAUAUGCCGGAUACGCCAAUCGACUCCGCACGGUGUUGCUCUCCGCGCAUCGUUAUGUUGCCUAUACCUCCGACAUAGGCGAAUCCUUCCGUCCCGUCGCUCAUCCGUAUUUGGUGCGUUCCGCUUACGCCAUCUCCUGGUCGUACUUGAUCGGCGAUGUCGCCCAUGAGGGCUACAAGGCGUACCUGCGCAAUCGCCGCGUACUCGCCCCGCCUGGCGAGGCCUACAAGGACGCCAAGGAGCUCACUCAGGAGCAAGUCAUCAAGGGCAUGGCCACCGGCAAUGUGGGCGGUUCGUUACGCUCCUCCACGGGGGAAUCGGAUUCCCUGGAGCCGUGGCCCACGACCCGGAUUCCGCUCAUCGAGGAUUACCGUGUGGUCAUGGCUAAGCGGGCCGUGUUCCAGAGUAUCGCCAGUAUGGGUCUACCCGCGUUGACCAUUCAUUCCAUGGUGAAAUACUCGGGACGCGCCUUGAAGAAUUCCAAGAGUGUGUGGUUCCGCACCUGGGCGCCUAUCGGACUUGGUCUCUCCGUCGUCCCCUUCCUCCCGUACAUCUUUGACGAACCCGUUGACGAGGCCGUUGAAUGGUCCUUCCGCACCGCAAUCCGCGCCUACGCCGGUGAGGACGCCGUCCGCUCACUGCCUCCAGCCAAGACCGCCGACCCUGAUGCCAACGCCAGCACCGCAGCCCUCACCACCCACUCCUGGGAGGAAUACAAGGAGGAGCGCCGUCGGGCGAAAGAAGAGCGGAAGAAGGAGCUCGAAGAACGCGGACGGAAAGGACCGUUGGCCUUGCUGGGCUUGGGGGGGAAUGAGGACGCAAAGAAGAAGACGGACUAA